CCGGUGGUGAUUUUUUCCGAUUAGAAAUGCAUGCGCCGAAAUAACGCCCGUACGAUACCACCACGGCAGUGCCCCGUUUUGACGAGCCGCGCUUCGACUUCCUCCCCCCUCUCCCCGCGUGCGCUCCAAAACCCCCGCCGCAACCCCCCUCCCUCUCGCUCGCCAUGGCCUGCGCCAACUCGGUAUCCGCCGCCAGGCUGUUUCUCCAGAUCACGUCCAGGAGGUCCCUGUCAUCGGCGGCGGCGGCGGCAGCGUCCUCGCCCCUCCUCGACGUCCUGCUCCCCCCGCCAGCCGCAGCCACCUCUCGCUCCUUCGGCAGCCGCAGCAGCCACAGCCACCGGGCCGCCACCCCGAUCUCGGCGCCGGCCCAUGCCGCCCAACCCCCGCGCCGCCCCGCAGCCGCAGCGGUGCCGGCCCGGAGCGCCGGACCCCGCCGCCAUGCGAACGCACACUUUUUCUCCGUGACCCCGGCCCGGCGGGCGACCAAGACCCUGUUCAACCCCCAAAGGGACGAGGAUGGCAACGAGAUGGGCCUGGAGAUCACGCCAAGGGCGGCCAAGAGGCUAUCCGAUAUCAUGGCCAAGGAUGCGAAUCCGCACCUUGCCUUGCGCGUCCAAGUCGAGAGCGGCGGCUGCCAUGGCUUCCAAUACCUGAUGCGCCUCAUCACACUCCCGUCGUCCCUGCCGGCUUCCCCCCCGACCCCCGAACCGUCCUCGACCUCGGAUUCCUCCGAGCCAUCCGAGCAGGCACUCGGCGAGGACGACACCAUCUUCACCUUCUCCGAUGGCGACGGUCCCGGCAGCCUCACGGAACCAAAAAUUGUUCUAGACACGUCGUCACUAGAGCUGCUGAAGGGCAGCAAGGUCGACUUCACAAUGGAGCUAAUAGGCUCGCAGUUCAAGAUUGUCGACAACCCUCUGGCAACAAGCAGUUGUGGCUGCGGCACAAGCUUCGACAUCAAGAUAUGAAUGUGGCCGAGGCCGAGCAUAUACAUGUACAACUUUAGCUUCAAAAUAACAAGAUGUCUGUAUUGAGCGUAAUAGAGCUUUGCGCAGAUACGCUACUGUGCAGCAUCGGCCUCGCCCCUCAGGUUUAUUCACUCUGCACCAAUGGGCCGGACAUGAACAUGAAAGAGAUAAGGGAGGCUUGAUCACAUUGGCCGCGGAGACGUGCAGUUGUCUUAGAAGUCAUC